AUGAGAGAAGUAGCGGUACUAGCACCACCCCGCUCAUCAACUACUGCCGCCGUCUCCACUCCCACUGUCGCCACCACUGCCGCCGCCACUACCGCCACUGCCGCCACCACCGCCGCCACCUACACCUCCACCCCCACCACCACUCCCUCCGCCACCGCCGCCCCCUCCACCGCCUCCACCGCCGCCUCCACCUCUGCCAUCCCCACCGCCCCUGCCUCCCCUGCCCCAGUCGUUGCGGCGCCUCCCACUAGGGGCAGACGCGGCUCCUACCUCCUCAGCACGAAGGUAGUCAACAGCUGCAGCAGAGGCGACGGAGGGGAGAAGGGGGGAGGGCGAACACCCCUCAAAGAAGGGAGUGCGAUGAGUGCCACGAGAAGUGCCUACAGCCAUUAUGCUAGUCUCAUCUACUAG